AUGGGGCCUGAUGGGAUUAAUCCCAGGGUACUGCAAGAGCUGGCUGACAUUAUCGUGGGACCUCUCUCCAUUAUUUUUCAAUGGCCUUGGGAAUCUGGAGAGGUUCCAGUCGACUGGAAGCUGGCAAAUGUUGUCCCAGUUUUCAAGAAGGGAAAGAAGGAAGAGCCUGGCAAUUACAGGCCUGUCAGUCUCACUUCAGUGCCUGGUAAAAUUAUGGAAAAGUUUAUUCUGGGAGUUAUUGAGAAACAUUUGAGAGACAAUGCAGUUCUUGGUCAUAGCCAGCAUGGGGAGAAAACCAUGAAUAAGCGACGUAUCCCUUAUGAAAUCGUCACGGAUAUGAGGGCCUGCGUUGUCAAUACAGAGGAUGCUGACACCGCUGCAAAGCAGCAGUUGGACAGAUGGUUGAAUGCACGUUCCUUAAUUGCUGUGGUAAUUAUUAAGAUUACGUUAAAUAAAGAACGUAAACUGGAACAGCGAAGAUUGGAAUUAGAAAUGGCAAAGGAGCUAAAGAAGCCUAAUGAAGAUAUGUGCUUAGCAGACCAGAAGCCAUUGCCAGAGUUGCCUCGCAUCCCAGGCCUUGUUCUCGAUGGAAGCACGUUUUCAGAUUCUCUCAUGGUAGUGCAGUUCCUGCGUAACUUUGGUAAAGUUCUUGGCUUUGAUGUAAAUGUGGAUGUCCCUUCCCUGAGUGUUCUUCAAGAGGGCUUGCUAAACAUAGGGGACAGCAUGGGAGAAGUACAAGACUUGCUUGUAAAGCUUGUCUCUGCAGCUGUUUGUGAUCCAGGACUUGUUACAGGAUACAAGGCUAAAACUAUUCUUGGGGAACACUUACUGAAUGUUGGUAUCAAUAGAGAUAACGUUUCCGAGAUUCUACAGAUUUUCAUGGAGGCUCACUGUGGGCAAACUGAGCUGACGGAGAGCUUGAAGACAAAAGCUUUUCAGGCACAUACUCCAGCUCAGAAAGCAUCAGUACUUGCGUUCCUUGUCAAUGAGUUAGCAUGCAGCAAAAGUGUAGUAAGUGAAAUUGAUAAAAACAUUGAUUAUAUGUCAAACUUAAGGAGAGAUAAAUGGAUGGUUGAAGGCAAACUUCGGAAGCUUAGAAUCAUUCAUGCCAAGAAAACUGGCAAAAGAGAUGCUACAGGAGGUGGUGAUGUAGGAGAGGAACAGCACUCUUUGGAAACACCAACACCAGGCCGCAAACGCAGACGAAAGGCAGGGGACAGUGAUUACGAUGAUGACGACGAUGAUGACAGUGAUGAUCAGGCAGAUGAGGAUGAAGAGGAUGAAGAGGACAAAGAAGAUAAAAAAGGAAAGAAGGCAGAAGUUUGUGAGGAUGAGGAUGAUGGAGACCAGACAGCAAGUGUUGAAGAACUAGAGAAGCAGAUUGAAAAACUGACAAAGCAACAAAGCCAGUACAGAAAGAAGUUAUUUGAAGCCUCACACUGUUUGCGUUCAAUGAUGUUUGGUCAAGAUCGUUACAGGCGCCGAUACUGGAUUCUCCCCCAGUGUGGUGGUAUUUUUGUGGAAGGCAUGGAAAGUGGUGAAGGCCUAGAAGAAAUUGCAAAAGAAAAGGAGAAGUUAAAAAAGGUGGAAAGCAUGCAUAUCAAAGAAGAAUUUGAGACAGAAGAAAAAUUACACUGCUUAAAUACAGUUCACUGUGAGCAAAAGGAAGAUCUGAAAGAAAAGGACAACACUAAUUUGUUUUUACAAAAGCCCGGGUCAUUUUCAAAACUAAGCAAACUGUUAGAGGUAGCAAAAAUGCCACCUGAAUCUGACAUUAUGUCCCCAAAACCUAACGGCAGUGCAGGAAAUGGCUGUACGUUAUCUUACCCAAGUAACUCAAAAAACUCCCUCUGCAGUCUUCAGCCCACUGUAUCACAAAGCAGCAUUGAGAAGUCUGAUUCUAACAAUCUUUUCAGUCCUAAUGCAAGUGGGACAGGAAAGUUUUACAGUUCUCCACUAAUUCCAAAUGACCAGUUGUUAAAGACUCUUACUGAAAAGAGCAGACAGUGGUUCAGCCUUUUACCGAGAGUACCCUGUGAUGACAUGUCUGUUACCCAUAUAGAUACACUGGCUACUACAACUUCACUUGCUCCUCAGUCACAUCCACCAUCAAAGUCACCUUCACCUGUUCCAUCACCACUUCUGGGCUCAACCUCUGCACAGAGUCCAAUGGGAUUAAGUCCUUUUGCAUUGUCACCACUGCAGCAGAUGAAGACUGGACUGCCUGUAAUGGGACUUCAGUUUUGUGGGUGGCCUACAGGAGUUCUUACUUCGAACGUUCCGUUUUCAUCUCCUUUACCUGCUCUUGGAUCAGGGUUGGGAUUGUCAGAAGUGAAUGGUAACUCAUUCUUGGCAUCUAGUGUUCCUGCAAGUAAAAGCGAAUCAGCAGCACUACAGACUGAAAAAAUAGCUUCUGCCCCUUCUACAGCAGUUGAAGUGGCCAAGCCAGUAGAUUAUCCUAACCCAAAACCUAUACCGGAAGAAAUGCAGUAUGGGUGGUGGAGGAUUACUGAUCCGGAGGACCUAAAAUCUUUGCUUAAAGUGCUGCAUCUCAGGGGAAUAAGAGAAAAGGCCUUACAAAAGCAAAUACAGAAACACAUGGAUUAUAUCACUCUGGCCUGCAUCAAAAAUAAGGAUGUUGCAAUUAUUGAUAUCAAUGAAAAUGAAGAUAACCAGGUAACUCGGGAUGUUGUGGAAAACUGGUCAGUAGAAGAACAAGCAAUGGAGAUGGAUCUUGCUAUUCUUCAGCAGGUGGAAGAUCUAGAGAGGAGAGUUGCAUCAGCUAGUUUACAAGUUAAGGGUUGGCUGUGUCCUGAACCGGCAUCAGAGAGAGACGACUUGGUAUAUCGUGAACAUAAGUCAAUUACUAGAUUGCACAAGAAGCACGAUGGAGAUUGUGCUGGAGGUGGAGAAGGCAAUACCAGCUCUCUAGAGCGGAAGAGUGACAACCCUCUAGAUAUAGCUGUAACCAGGCUUGCUGACUUGGAGCGGAACAUAGAGCGAAGGUAUCUGAAGAGCCCCUUAAGUACCACCAUUCAGAUCAAACUGGAUAAUGUGGGCACAGUUACUGUCCCUGCUCCUGCACCAUCCAUUAGUGGUGAUGGUGACGGAACUGAAGAGGAUAUUGCUCCAGGGCUAAGGGUAUGGAGAAGGGCAUUGUCAGAAGCGCGCAGUGCUGCACAGGUAGCUCUGUGCAUUCAGCAGUUACAGAAAUCAAUAGCAUGGGAAAAAUCUAUUAUGAAAGUUUACUGCCAAAUUUGUCGAAAGGGAGAUAAUGAGGAACUGCUGCUCCUUUGUGAUGGCUGCGAUAAAGGCUGUCAUACCUACUGCCACAGACCCAAGAUCACUACCAUACCAGAUGGUGACUGGUUUUGUCCUGCUUGCAUAGCAAAGGCAAGUGGUCAAACUCUAAAAGUAAAAAAACUUCAAGUCAAAGGGAAAAAAAUUAAUGAACAAAAGAGAAGCAGGAAAUUAGCAGGAGAUACAGAGGAUGAAGAUUCUGCGACUACAAGCACCUCUUUAAAAAGAGGAAAAACAGACCCUAAAAAAAGAAAAAUGGAUGAAAAUGUUUCUGUGAGCCAAUUAAAGCAAGAAAAUACCACUGCUAUGAAGAAGCCUAAAAGAGAUGACUCCAAGGACCUGGCUAUAUGCAGCAUGAUUCUCUCGGAAUUGGAAACUCAUGAAGAUGCCUGGCCUUUCUUACUUCCUGUAAACUUGAAACUUGUUCCUGGUUAUAAGAAAGUUAUUAAAAAGCCUAUGGACUUUUCCACCAUUAGAGACAAGCUGAGCAGUGGACAGUACCCUAAUCUUGAAGCAUUUUCGCUAGAUGUCAGGCUUGUUUUUGACAACUGUGAAACCUUUAAUGAAGAUGAUUCUGACAUAGGCAGGGCUGGCCACAACAUGAGGAAGUAUUUUGAAAAAAAAUGGACAGAGAUUUUCAAAGUGAGCUGAAGUUGCCAGAACUCUUUUCUUUUUCUUUUUUUCAUUAAAUGAGGACUGAUGAGACCAGCAAUGUGAACUGUAUUUAUAUGAACGUGCAAGGCACAUGCGUAACUAAUGACUGUUUUUUUCCUUUAAAAUAUCACGGAGUUGUGAUACUAGUUCUAAAGGCUUCACUCCUACAACAACCGUGGCCCCUUGGUUAUUGGUUUGUGUGUUUUAACAAACUAAUUUAGGUAGAACAGGGAAGCACACCCAAAGAAUUUCAAAGGGGUGUUAUAGUGCAAUAGCAAUUUAAAAUAUAUCAAAACGCACUGAAUAUUCAACCACCAGAGCUCUACUCGGGGAAAUGGUUCUCUUUUCCCUUUCAAUAAAUAUCUAUUUUUCAUUUUUUUUACUUUGUAGUUUAUUUUUUAGUGAAUGUAUUUAAUUUUAUGAAUUAUUUAUGAUUAUACAGCAUUCAGAAUCUUCGUUUUCUGUGAAAAGGAAGAAUUAGAAAAUUGCUUUAAAUCUUGAAAAUACAACAAGGAAUGUUUUAAAAUAUAAAACAAAGCCAAGUAAAACUGUUUACACUGAUGUGCUGUAAAAGCACUAAAAAUUAAACUUUACUGUAGAGUUACAAGUACAUUUAUAUAUAUGUUGCUGCAUCUCUUGUGUAGUUAAAUUGUAUUUCAAGACAGUGAAGAAAAAUUGAAACAUGUAUAUACUGUUCAUUAUUGUUUAUAUUAAGUCUUGUUUUAAAUAUGUAUGAUGUGUACAUAUUGUUUGCAGACAUUAUUGUUUAUGCCUUAGGAGGACGGUAGCAUUUUAUUUUAGUCUUAAGGUAAUUAUAGCUAUAUGGCUUGUACAGUAAUUAUCCUCUACCAACACUGUGGAGUCUCCUUAAUCUUGGUAGUGCCUGCCUUUAAAACAGGGUGUAGGGGAUAUUAGUUUUCCAUUUUUCUAUUUUGUUAUAUAAUUUCAAGCCACCACGGCCUCAAAUUCAAGUAUAAUCAUUUGUAUCCAUGUGGAAUAAAAUUGUGACGAUUUCCUACGCACACAGUAUUUUUUCAUAGAAACAUUUCCCUCCAUUUGCCUUGCCACAGAAAUAACAAAAAAGACAUUUGUAACCACUGUGUUUUAUCUACUGUGUGUUGUGGUGGCCUGUUGGGGCAGAUAGAUCAGAAUUUUUUUUGUACUAACGUAAGAGUACUUGAAGUUUUAUUUAAAAGAAAUGUUGUGGAAAGGUAGCAUUCUCUUUCUUUUCCUUUUUUAGGAGUGUUAUUUUUCACUAGUAUGUGUGGCACGGAUACAAUAAAAGACUGUUUUGCAAACCA